CAAAACACCACGGGGGAUGGAGAAACGACAAUCUAAAUACUUCGCUUGCAUCUGCCAUUCUCUUGGUCAGUGGAUAUGAACCCUGAUCCCAUACCGGGAUGCUACUCUAGCUUAGCAAUAUCGGGCAAUUUUCAUGGGGGGGAAGGGGGGUUCGUCUUCCGGGCUUCCCCAGGAAAGCCCCCGGUGCUUGGGUUGGGUUGCCAGGGAAUGAAUAUUAUAUAGAAGUCCCGAGCCAGGCAGCUGGAGGCGAUGUAUUGGCACAGAUGACUACCCGUCGCUUUUUUUGGCCAGGAUUCGUUCACGCGCUAAUCAUGGCCCCCUGCUACCGCUACUCGUGGCUCUGCCUCGGCCUCUUUGCCUUGCGCGCCAGCGCCGACUGUUCCGUGACGGGGCUGGACUAUACGAAUGGAGGGUCGUAUCUGAUCGAUGCUUCGUCGAACCAGCAGUUUGCGUUCACGUCGCUUUUCCAAGACUGCGAUGAGGAUUCCAUCCAACCCAUCCUGAUCGCUCCCGAUGGCAGCGAGUAUACCUGCUCCACCAUCGACAGUGGGUCAGGCGAGCAACGGUCAACAUGUCCCGUAAGCCUCAGCAGCAUGGCGUCGGGGGAGUGGACGAUCAUCAUCCAAGCCGACAACGUCGACCUGGCGGUGCAGCGGUCGUUCAGCCUCAACUCCGGCGUCCCGGAGAGGACUGUCAUAACGGUGACCCCUACCGUUGUGGUGGGCGUAACGACCACCCCACGGGGAAGAAGUAAUACCCCCUCGUUUGCUUGACUUCGUUUCACCCCUGUACCCCUGAACCCCUGAACCAUCCACAACGGAACCCCAACCCCACGAGAACCAAGCAAAGUCCAUACUGACCCCCCCCAUCAAGCCAUCGAAACGACCAUCACCAAAGUCCAAACCGUAAUCGAGGUGGGCCAAGUCCAAACAGCGCACUGCAACGACGGCGCGGGCAGCGCCGAGACGGUGACGCAGUACUUCCGCCAGGAGCCGACGACGGUGUACACGACGGUGCGGCGCGUGACGACCGUCGCCGAGGUGAC